GUAAGUACCCCAGGGUCGCGUCCUCGACUUCGUCUCUUAAAUUUGGGCCACCACGAUUUUACUACGGACAGCAAACAUGCCUGUUCUUAACAGAGUGUUUACACACACAAGGGCCAUAGGCAAAUCUGGCGUCACCAAAUGUUCUGUCACCGUACCUCCAGUGAUUCGGUAGACAUUUCACGCCUCUGUGCUUGCUUUAUUACGUUACUAAUCCACGCCACGACCACCACAGAAACGACCAUGCCCAAUCUUGUGUGCGCAUCGCCUCUGCAGGUUGCAUACCACAGUCGCGAGCGAUGACUACCUCUGCUGAUUCCCUCGUCGCCUUUGGACAACGACACGUCACCAGAGGCCUUGGCCGCCUCACAGAAGCUGUCAUGACGAAGGGUGAGGGUUCGUACGUGACCUUUGAGGAUGGGCGUAGGAUGUUAGAUUUCAGCUGUGGUAUCGGUGUGACAAACCUUGGUCAUUGUCACCCCAAGGUUUCCAAAGCUGCAGCAGAUCAAUGUAUGAACAUCGUUCAUACUCAAUGCAGCAUCUCAUUCCAUGGCCCUUACUUGCGUCUCAUCGAGAAACUCCUUCCGAUCAUGCCUGAUCCCUCUCUUGACUCGUUCUUCUUUUGGAACUCAGGUUCUGAAGCCAUUGAAGCCUCCCUCAAGAUGUCACGGCAAAUUACUGGUCGGCAGAACAUCAUCUCCAUGCAGGGCGGUUAUCAUGGUCGAACGUUUGGCGCCAUGGCCGUUACAAGGAGCAAGACGGUCUAUAGUGAAGGAUUCUUUCCAUUGAUGCCUGGGGCAUUCGCCGUACCGUUCCCGUACUGGCACCAACUGGGAUUAUCAAUCAAUACGAGUGAAGAAGAGCUAGUCCGACUCUCGUUAUAUCAACUAGAACUUGUUCUCAAACAACAAACAGCUCCCAGGGACACAGCUGCAAUCCUCAUUGAGCCUGUACUUGGAGAGGGUGGUUAUGUACCAGCACCUGCAUCCUUCCUCAAAGGAUUACGUGCCGUCUGCGACAAACAUGGCAUCCUCCUUAUUGUAGAUGAAGUGCAGAGUGGAUUCGGUAGGACGGGCAAGUACUUCAACGUUGAAUAUAGUGGUGUCCGACCCGAUAUUCUGAUAAUCGCAAAGGGCCUUGCAAAUGGAUUCCCAUUGAGUGGUGUAGUCAGCAGGAAGGAGCUUACAGAUAAGCUAGUGCCGGGUUCCAUGGGAGGUACAUAUGCAGGCAACGCUGUAUCAUGUGCCGCUGCGGUGGCCGUCGCUAACGCCUUCCGUGAAGAGAAGGUGCUCGACAAUGUCUCUGCUCGCUCGAGCGAACUUUUGGCAUCGUUAAAGUCCCUCCGUGAUGACCCAGAAGUAGGAAGCAUGAUCGUCGACGUCCGGGGCCAGGGUUUGAUGAUUGCUGUCGAGUUUGCAUCCCCAUCGUACUCUCCAACAGAUCCCGCGCUGGUUUCAUCUGCACCGAAGAAUCUCGCAAGUCGUGUGGCGAAACGCUGCAUGGAGAAGGGGCUUUUGAUUCUCACAACUUCAUUAUAUGAAGUGAUCAGGUUCAUACCGCCUCUUAAUAUCGCACAGGACGAUUUGCAAAAAGGUUGUCAUAUAUUUGCGGAAUCAGUCAAGGAGGUUGUCCGAGAAGGUUAAAUAGUUGUCCUUUUGUACCAAAUUUUGUAAUGCCAUUCGUCGAACGCAAUGCGUUUGUAUUUGGAAGGGGCGCCAGCUCUAUCCCUAA